CGCUUUCAUCAUUUGGAGAAAUGGCAGCGCUGAGGCAGGAGCAUCGGUAUGGGCUCUCCUGUGCACAGACCCACAAAGGCUGGACGAACCAGAGCCUGUACCACGUCAAACUCACUGACACGGCUCUGCGGACUCUGGAGGGCUACCAGCGCGUCAAGGUGUCCCUCUCCCAGCGGCCGACCAUCUGCUUCAAGGGAAACCAGGGGUACUUAAAGAUCCCAGCUCCUACUCCUGAGUAUCCAGAUGGAUUUAGAGUCUUCUCCUUUUACUUAUCCAAUGAAAGCAAAGACAAACCUCAGUCCAGCUUUGUCUGCGUCCAACAGUAUGUUUCUGGGGAGGGCAAGGAUCUCCUGGAGGGCAGGGGCAGUAUCCAGGACAAGAUCACGGUUUGUGCCACGGAUGACUCGUAUCAGACGACCCGCGAGCGCAUGUCCCAGGUGGAGAAGGACACCUGGAGCCGCUCCGCUAUCGAAAUCAAACCUGCCCCCGGUAAGUUUGUGAAGGUCCAGAGGAAGCAGCCUUUGGUUCCAGGCUCAGAAAGCUUCAACAAACUUUCUCCAAAUUACAAGAGGAACCUGGCCCCCAGCCCUGCAGCACAGCGCCCUCUGCUGGAGCGUGUCAUUCAUCUGCUGGCCCUGAAGCCCUACCGGAAACCUGAGCUACUGCGGAGCCUGGAGCGAGAAGGAGUCAGUCCCAAAGAGAAGGCUGAUCUGAGCGCAGUGCUGGAAGAGGUCUGCACGCUGAAUCCAAAAGACCACAGCUACUCUCUGAAGGAGGAGCUGUACAGACAAGUCCAGAAAAACUGGCCGGGGUACACGGAGGAAGAGAGACAGCUGAUCCACAGGCUGCUCAUCAGGAAACUUCCGCCUCUUCACAUCGGGCAGCUCAGGAGUCCCCAGUCGAACCACUCUUCCUUCAGAGCUCCUGGAGACUCACCCUCUCAGCUCAGUCCAGUUAAAACUGUGAAACGUCCAUUGAACCCUGCCUUUCUGAACUGCAAAACUCCAAAGAAACAGAGAGUGGAUCAGAGCCAGGACACCACCACACCCCCUCGUAACACGGAGAACUCACACAUCAGAGUGGAGUUUACAUCCAUGCCCCUGUACUCCCCUCACAAACACGAAGGCUCCACCACUGUGAGCGCUUCACCACAGACUGAGAGGACAGCACCUGCCUCGCCUUCGCCCAGAGCCGCCCUCACACACAGCCCCUGCAGUCCCCCCGAGUUUACAAACAACCAGCACAAAAAGAAACACAAAAAACACAAAGGGAAGGAGAGGCCUCGACUGAAACCAGACUGGAUCGAGAGCAGCCCACAUCAGAAGACACAGGAAAACUCUAAAGAAGGAGAGCAGGAGAGCACACAAGACUGUCGACUCACUGAGGAGCUGCCUGACUAUUUAAUAAAAUACAAACCUGUGACUUCGAUAGAGCAGAGACAGCAGUACCAGGAGGAGUUCAGUGCAGAGUACAGCGAGUACAGGGCUCUUCACGACCACAUCAGGACAGUCACCGACAUGUUCAUGCAGCUGGCCUCCGAGAUCAACUCCCUCUCCCCAGGAACUCGGGAAUACAAGCUUAUGGAAGACAGGAUCCUGCAAAAGUACAAGAGGUAUAAGAAGAGAUUCCCUGGUUAUCGGGAUGAGAAGAGGCGCUGCCAGUACCUCCACCACAAACUGUCCCAUAUCAAAGGCCUGAUCACAGACUAUGACCGAGCCCACAGUCUAACAUAGUCCUCUCUUUAUAUCAGAAACGUCCCCCUCUGAUUUCUGAGCUGUUUCUACUGCCCCACAAGUUGAUUGCACAAUCAUUUAGCUUUGAUAAAUCCAGUGAUAUAAUGCUCAUACAUAUCAAAACAAAAUAUCUACACAAAUUAUCAACUGUGAGUGCCUUUUCAAAAGCAAAGUUACCAGAAACUUCACAAAUGUCUUUGUAUUCUGAAGGAAUUUGAAAAAUAUUUUUGAAUGUUUUUUAAUUCCAACUUUUCUACUGGUGUACUAAGGCCAAAACAAUAAAUCAGCCUUGAACAAAAUAUGUUCAAAUACUUAA